GAAGAAAAAGAGACUUUUUCUGUCAGAUUAGGUUUCUCUUUCUCUCUCUCUGAGAGUCUCUCUGACAGUCCUAUACUCUUAACUCUUAUCCUUUUUGCGGCUAGGGUUUUUCUUUCUACAGUACCUUUUCUAACUUUUUUUUUUAAUUUAUUAGAAGAUUGGUUUGGUUUCAUAAUAUAAAAAUCUAAUGGAAGUUUUGUAAGAGUAAGGGAUUUUGUGGUUAUUAUAAAAGAAAGAUUCUAGGGGGUUUGGAAGUGGUUAGUGUGGAUUGUUCAUUAAAAAAAAGAAAUGGCUGGUUUGAACCCUUUUGAUUUGUUGGGGGAUGACGACACUGGGGAACUAUCAUUGCUGAUCGCUGCUCAGCAAAAGGCCGUCGCAGCGGCCACUGCCACUGCUGCUGCUCCAAAGAAGGGCCCAGCAAAGCCUCAAGCUAAGACGCUGCCUGCAACUCAGGCUAAGCUUCCCUCCAAGCCUCUCCCUCCUACUCAGGCUGUGAGGGAGGCAAAGAAUGAAGGUGCUCGUGGCGGAGGCCGUGGUGGGCGAGGAUAUGGACGUGGUCGUGGUGGUAGCAGUGGAUACAGACGUGAUUUUGCAAAUGAUGAGAAUUCCUUCAGCAAUAGUGCUGUACCUGAAGAUGGAGAGAGUGGAAAACCCUCUGAAAGGCGUGGCUAUGGUGGUCCUCGACCUUACCGUGGUGGUCGCCGUGGCGGUUUCAGUAAUGGGGAAGAUGCAGAUGGGGAGCAACCUCGCAGGUUGUAUGAACGCCGUAGUGGGACUGGGCGCGGGAAUGAGCUCAAACGUGAAGGUUCUGGUCGUGGAAAUUGGGGAACUCAGACUGAUGAACUUGCUCAGGUGACUGAAGUUACCAAUGAAGGUGAGAGGAAUUUAGGUGAUGAAAAGCCAGCAGGAGAAGAGGAUGCUAGAGAGGCUAACAAGGAGAGUGCUUCAAACGAGCCUGAAGAAAAAGAGCCCGAGGAUAAGGAGAUGACUCUUGAGGAGUAUGAGAAGGUGCUGGAAGAGAAGAGGAAGGCUCUGCAGGCUCUCAAGAUCGAGGAAAGAAAAGUAGAUGCCAAGGAGUUUGAAUCUAUGCAGCAGCUUUCAAACAAGAAGAAUAAUGAUGAGGUCUUCAUCAAAUUGGGAUCUGAUAAAGAUAAGAGAAAAGAGGCUUAUGAGAAAGAAGAGAGAGCAAAAAAGUCUGUCAGCAUUAAUGAAUUUCUGAAGCCAGCUGAAGGGGAGAGGUACUAUAAUCCAAGUGGACGUGGACGCGGUCGUGGGCGCGGCUCAAGAGGAUUCGGUGGAGGUAGUGCCGCAAGAGAUGUGGCAGCACCAUCCAUUGAAGACCCUGGGCACUUCCCAACUCUUGGGGGCAAGUGAAGAAGUGAGAUUCCAUUAGAACCCCAUCUAUGAUAUCCAUGGGUUUUAUUGGAAUUUUAGGUACUUUUAAAUUUCGGGCUGGGAAUAAGAUAAAAUAAUCUGGUUUCCUGUCGCCAAAGUAUCUCUGAAUUUUAUGUUGUAAAAUGUAUGUUUCAGGGUUUCUUUCUCUUUUUGUUUUUUUGGGGUUAUUGCCCCCACUAUUGUUAUGCUGUGAUCUUACUGUUAUUGCUCACUGCUCAGUUUUCUUUUGGAAUAGAUGGAACUAGUUUGCUA